UUUUUUUUGCUUAAUCCUCAAAUUCACAAUCUUGAAAUAACCUCACAAAUUAAUUUCCUUUUCCCAAAUUCCAUCAUCUAAAAAAAAUGGGUUUUUCUUUUCAAAAAAAUGUAACUUUUUUUCUAGUUUGCUUGCUAUGUUUCACCCAAUUUUCUUCAAUUUCUUGUGAGAAAAAAGUUUCCUUGGCUUUGUAUUAUGAAAGCCUCUGUCCUUUCUGUUCCAAUUUCAUUGUUAAUUACUUACCUAAGAUUUUCAAGAAUGGGAUUAUUGAUAUUGUUGAUCUUAAACUUGUUCCAUGGGGAAAUACUAGGCUUCAACCAAACAACACCUUCAAAUGCCAGCAUGGAAAAGCUGAAUGCUUUCUGGAUAUUGUAGAGGCGUGUGCAAUUGAUGCCUGGCCAGAUUUGAAUGAACACUUUCCCUUCAUUUACUGUGUGGAAAGUCUGGUCUACCAUAAGAACUAUACCCAGUGGGAAACAUGUUUUGAAAAACUGAAUUUGAAGAAAAAGCCUGUUACUGAUUGUGUCGUCAGUGGGCGAGGGAAAGAGCUCGAACUACAGUAUGCGGCUGAGACGAAUGCCCUUCAACCUCCACAUAAAUAUGUACCAUGGGUUGUUGUUGAUGGCCAACCACUUUAUGACGACUACACGAACUUCAUAACCUACAUCUGCAAAGCGUACAAAGGAACUGCUCCUGUCCCCAGUUGCAGCUCAUCCAUCAACGUCAUUAAAAUGGGACGGAAAUUUAAACCUUUCUGUUUAAAGCAGGCAGCCAUUUCCAAGUUAUCAACUGUAAGUUCGGCUAUUACAUCAUGGUUGAACCGAGGUAAGCUCACUGCAUCUGUAUAAUACAAUAGAGCUUCGUGGUGCAGACAAACGUGAAACGACGUUCAUUUUAUGAAAUGAUGAGAUACUGUACAUGGUUGAACCGCGGUAAGCUCACUGCAUCUGUAUAAUACAAUAAAGCUUCGUGGUGCAGACAAACGUGAAACGACGUUCGUUUUAUGAAAUGAUGAGAUACUGUAGUUGGUUUAUGCAGUUGUAAUAUGGAUGAUAAUGAAGAAGAUGCUAAGUUCUCUAAUCAGCUGUUGAUAGAGGAAAUGUUGUAAUGUGAGAAUUUGGUUCAAUUUGGGAUGUGGAUAUAGAAAGUAUGGGUUUUUAUAA